CCCCCUAUGCCAGGCCUAGUCGCGGUCGCGUAUUGAUUGUGUUGGCAUCGCUUGGUCUAAGUGCUAGCUAGGGGUGCGUGCUGUGAGAGUGAGUUCCAUUACUGCAAUUGCUGGAUUUUGUUAUCGUUUUUUUUCUCUCUCUCCCCCAUUUCGAAGAAGCCUAGUGAUGAGGGAUAUUCUGAUCUAUCUUGUUUGGUCAGCAUCGAUCUAGUGCUCUUUCUCUCCCUCUCUCAUUUAUUUUUCUCUACAUUUGUCUUCGGCAUUGUCUAUUCUAUUUAAAACCAGACUUGCUGAAAAAAAAAUUUUCGUUUCGUUCUCAAGUGCCAAAAGUCAGUUAGGAUUACACUAAUUACAGGAUUAUACAUGCGCGGGAAAGUGUAUUCGGGAUGUGUUGCAUCGUAGACUACGUCAUCUUUACCCGUGUUUCAUAUUUAGGUUCCUGGAGAUGACGUUAUGAUUUUUUCUUCUCUUGUCAUUACCUGCACCAAACCACGUGACUUAGUCGGGAUAUUUAUAUCUCAUUGCGUGAUGGCGUGUUUACCAAUACCAGCUGUAUUGUGAUUGGUUUUAUUUUAGUCCCUUUUUUCAGUCUAUUAACUAUUGUAAAACCAAGUGUAGUCAAGUGAGACGGGUUAGAAAGAAAAGCUUUUAGAGAUUCUUGGUUGUAGUACAGCCUCGCUGAUUGCAAUUGGCUGUUCUGCAUCAUAAAAAUAAAUGAGUAGUUCCCAGGCAUUAAGCUACAAUGACGUCCUAGUUUUGUGGGAUGGAUAUGCCAGGUGCUGCUUCUUUUACCAGUGGCAGCACAUCAGGAAGCAUUAGAUCAGUGCGACCCGUGGCCCCUGUACAGCGGCCCUCUUCUAAAAGGGCCCGCACAAAGAACAGAGGAAGCCAGACGUGCAGCUCUGACGAUGAUGAAGAACUUCAUUCUGAUGACAACCUUCGACCUUACGAGGAGGUUAAAAUCGCACACCAUGACAAAAAGUUAACAGGCCUAGGGCUUACUCCUGAUGAGCAUGCCGUCUCUUCCAUAAUGCCUAAUACUUCAAACUCUUCUAAUCUGAAUCCGCGGACAGUUUGUCGAAAGUACAGCUAUGAUUCAGAUGGAGAAUCAGAAGCUAAGGCCCCACUUCAGGGUAAAGCAUCCCUAUACCAGCACCACAGGCCGGGCCCCCAGGGCCCGCACCCUGCACAUGAACAUGUCGUGUAUGACCCACCUUGGGACCAUAUCAACCUGGAUCAGGUGAGGUCAGCUCACAGAUCAGCCCAGAGAUCAGCUCAGGCAUCAGAAAGUGAUGAAGACAAUAGACAUGCUCUUCAGCGUUAUAGUCAGACAGGUACACUUCCUAUGCCUCCGCCUACAUUUCCACCCCCACCGCCACCUCCUAUUGAGGACAUUCCACAGAGAAGCCCAGCCCCGGUGCGGCAGCGCUCUUUUGGUCCCUCCGUGAGAGGGAACUAUUCAGACAUAGACUUCCGUCGCCAGCCAACAUUUUCAGAUGGAGAGCAAGACAAAACCAUGGAGAAUCCUUACAUGGUGCAAAAUGCAAUAGGUUCAGCCUACAGUAUGGAUGGUCAAGCACUGUAUCAGCAUCACCAUCCACCGAUGCAGAGAUCUGGGUCAGUUCCAUCAGGCCACAGCCAUGGCUUGGAUGUGAGUGAUCACUAUAUCAGUAGCGGACAUUCUGACACAUAUCCCUAUCAUUGUCCAAAUGUUGGAGAAACAUCUGUUAUAACACACAGUAAUGAAAGGCAAAUAAUGGCUUUUCCCCAGUUUGGAGCAGCUCCUAGCAUUCCACCUGGUAAUUAUUCACAGGACUACCGGUAUUACUCCAAAUUUGGGUCAGCCGGUUCACGCAUGCACAAAAAGCUUCAGCAGAGAUGUACAUGGCGCUGCACGGCGUUAGUGCUCCUGAUCCUGUGUGUUGGUCUCUUGGCGUGUACAGUUUAUUUUGCAGCAAACUCAAUGUUCAUGGAGGAGAAAGUGGAGAAGGACUGUAGUUCAAUGUCUCUAGACCACAACAGUCCCAACGACCAGUUAUCUCACCCACACAAUAGAUCUCUUGUACCUUCUUCCAAUAGUAGAUCAGACCUGGCAAGAUAUCAAGGCCUGCAUCCAAGUUAUGCAACCACAGAACCUGCUAUUACAUUACAGCCAGGUAGAGCAGUUAGGAAAUCUGUACCUCCAGGGACAUUUUGGAUCAGCAUGUUAGACCAAAGAGUGUCUGGGAGUGUGAAGAUAAAUCUGACUGUUCCUGGUGAUGCUAUGAUGGGGAUUUAUGGGAGGAGAGGCAUGCCCCCGACUCAUGUACAGUUUGACUUCUUUAAGGUUAUUGAUGGAACUAGAGUGGGGCAUCGAUCAAAGAGGGCUCUGUUAGGAAAUGAUUAUUUUGCUCGAGACACAGCGCUUGUACAGUUCUUGGAUAAAGGUGACUGGUUUAUAGGAGUUUAUAAUGACAGAGAGACAUAUCAGUCAGUCAUAUUGACAGCAGCGCCUCAUGUGAUGGACACCAACUGCCCAGAAAACUGCCACGGCAAUGGAGAAUGUAGAGACAGGCAAUGUCGCUGUUUCCCUGGCUACACUGGCUGGGACUGUUCUCAAGGUGUGUGUCCACUGCUGUGUAGCGGUAAUGGUGUUUACCUGCGUGGUCAGUGUAUGUGCAACCAAGGAUGGAAAGGUGUUGAAUGUGAUCUCAGGGAGUCUGAAUGUGCUGUUCCCAACUGUAACAGUAAUGGUCACUGCAUCAAUGGUCAGUGUGUUUGUUUCCAAGGUUUUCAGGGACCUGACUGUGGCAUAGUGGACUGUAUGGCUCCCAGUUGUUCAGGCAAUGGUGUGUGCCUGCUGGGCACUUGCAGAUGCUAUAGAGGGUUUAAGGGUCGAGACUGUAACGUGGAAGAUAAAAUCAAUGUGACCCAGCUCUGCUUCUCAAAGAGCUGCUCCGGCAGAGGGCUGUAUGACGUGCAGACAGAGCGCUGUGAGUGUGGCCGCCAUUUUGCAGGGCUCAACUGCGAGACAGAAAUUUGUCGCUUGGAAUGUAUACAUGGCAAGUGUGAGAACCAGAGAUGUGUUUGUUCUUCUGGCUGGGCUGGGGCACUCUGUGACCAACUGGAGUGUAACCACAGGUGUGAAAUCCGUGGCUCUUGCAACAAUGGAACCUGCCACUGUGACAAAGGCUGGAAUGGGAAACACUGCACCAUAGAUGGCUGCCCUUCAGACUGCAACAACCAUGGCAACUGCAGGAGGUUUAGAGAAGGAUGGAGGUGUGAAUGCAAGGAUGGUUGGAAGGGUGAGGACUGCGGCUUGGCUAAAGAGACUUCCUGUUCAGACAAGAUGGACAAUGAUCACGAUGGACUUGUUGACUGCUUGGAUCCAGACUGCUGCAAUACAUUAACUUGCACUAAAAGUGCCUAUUGCCAGACAUCUCCAGAUCCUAAAGAGAUACUUCUCAGAAACAAUGCACCAGCACCAACAGCUUCAUUUCUAGACAAAAUGCGCUUUCUAAUUGAGGAGAACAGUGUCCAGAUAGAUGCACCCAGGAAUUCAUUCAAUGAAAGCCAAGUGUCAGUUAUUCGAGGCAGAGUGCAGACUUCAGAUGGAACACCUUUAAUUGGAGUUAGAGUAGGUGUUGUGACGCAGCCUCUUUAUGGUUUUACCAUCACCAGAGAAGAAGGACAGUUUGACAUUCUCGUCAAUGGUGGUGGAUCAGUGACAUUGGAAUUUGUCAGGGAUCCUUUUAUAGCCCAGACGUCGAGUGUUCUGGUGCCCUGGAAUCAGAUCAUCACCAUGGACACCAUAGUGAUGAACAUUGAGAGCAAGGCCCACCUGAAACCUGGGCUCUCCUGCUCCAACUUUGACAACAACCACGACCACUACCUCCUGCGUCCAGUUGUGCUGAGUACCUGGCAGCACACACAACUGGGGGCUUGUCCAGACAGGAGUACAGUCAUCCCAGAGUCACAGGUGCUACAAGAAAGUCUAGAGAUCCCAGGCACAAAUGUCCACUUGGUCUACCACAGUUCCGAGUCCUCGGGCUACAUGUCCCUAAUCAUGAUACAGAUGACUCCCAGUACCAUACCACACACCCUGUCCAUGGUCCACCUCAGAGUCUCAGUUCAGGGGGUGGAGCUGAAAAAAGUGUUUGAAGCUGACCCUAACCUCAAGUACACAUUUGCCUGGGACAGACUCAACGCCUACAAGCAGAAAGUUUAUGGCAUAGUGACAGCAAGAGUCUAUGUUGGUUAUCAGUACUUAAGCUGUGAACAUAUUUACUGGGAAACUCGCAGUGCUACACUGAAUGGAUACGACAUGACGGCAUCACACAUUGGUGGAUGGAAUUUAGACAUACAUCACACUUAUAAUUAUCAAGAAGGUAUACUACACAAGGGAGAUGGCACUAACAUUUAUUUGAAAGAAAAGCCUAAGAAAAUUAUCAACAUACUAGGCAGUGGCCAAAAGAGGAAGCUAAGCUGUGAAUCGUGCAAUGGAAAAGCUAUGGACAACAGCCUUCUUAGUCCAGUGGCCUUAGCUUCUGGCUUAGAUGGAAGUCUCUAUGUUGGCGACUACAAUUUCAUACGAAAACUUUCCCCCCUCAGAGAAGAAAUAGCCAGUAUUUUACAGAUGAGUAAAGCAACACCUUACAAAUUCUACAUGACUGUCAGCCCUGUAGAUGGCAGGCUGUACAUCUCAGACUUCAUGAACCACAAGAUUAUUCGUGUCAGGACUAUGGGACCAGUGCCAGAUCUGUUGGAUAACUAUGAAGUGGUGGCUGGCAAUGGGGAGGAGUGCACCCCUGGGGAGGCUGACCUGUGCGGCGAUGGAGGGCCGGCUGUGAAUGCCAGACUUAGAUAUCCCAAAGGUAUUGCUAUCAACAAGGAUGGCAUCAUUUAUGUGGCUGAUGGCCCUAACAUAAGAAAGAUUACCCCUGAUGGUAUCAUAACUACACUUAUAGGCACGCAGGAUCAGCCUAGAGAAUGGACUCCCACACCCUGUGAUGAUAUAUUGUCAGCUGAGAAAAUUUCACUCAAGUGGCCAACUUCUUUGAGUAUUAACCCCCUUGAUGACUCACUGCACAUCCUUGACCUUGCUAUUGUGUUCAAAUUGACUAGUGAUUUUAAGUUGGUCACAGUGGCUGGUCGCCCGGCACACUGCCCUCCUAGACUCUCCUCCUUCCUUCCUGUAGGGGUGCUGAGUGAUGACGAACAGGCUUCCAACGUGGCAAACCACGUGACUCUGGUUUCACCCAAGAGCAUCACCUUUGGCCCUCACGGCGACCUGUACAUUGUAGAGAGUGACACCCACCACAUCAACAGAGUUAGAGUUGUCAGCACUGAUGGCAGAAUACAUCACUUUGCUGGGGCCAAGAGUAAAUGUGAUUGUAAACAGGAACAAAACUGUGCCUGUUUCAACCCUAGAGAAACAAUGGCAGCUCAGGCCUUGUUCAGUGACCCUACUUGUGUCACUGUCACCCCAGAUGGUGUUCUUCACUUAGCUGACGUGGGCAACCUCCGAGUUUUUUCUGUGGUCUCUGAACUGCCUGUGCUGCGUGACGGGGCAUUUGAGGUUCUGGCCCCAGAGACACAAGAGCUGUACGUUUUUAACAAGAACGGGCAGCAUCAGCAGACCAUCAACAUACACACUGGGCAGUAUGUUUACAACUUCACAUAUAACGUCCUGUCCUCGUACGGAAAACUGGUCACAGUCACCGACACUGCUCUGAAUAAGAUUGCCAUCAACAGGACUGGUGAGUCCCAUGCCUCCGAGCUCAUUCUGCCCUCUGGUGGGAGGUGCCAUCUGACCAUGGACAACAGGCACCGGCUCCACAGGUACAAGUCUACCAACAAUGCCAGCACAGUCUUCACCUACACCCUCAAUACAGGGCUCUUGGAGUCCAAGCAGGACAGUGAUGGCCUGAUGUUUUUCUACCAUUACGAUGACACUGGCAGGCUCCUGACCAUCCGCCAGCCAACUGGGCAGAUAACCACAUUGACUACGGACAUCAAUACCACCGGUUCCAUUGUUCGUGUGGCAACUGGUACGAGCCACGUCAGCGCCAUGGCUACCUAUGGAAGCGUGCAAUCAGUCAUGCAUGGUGCUACACAGACCAAAGUGACCUACCUGCCAGACGGAGCAGUGGUUGUACUGUUCCCCAGCAAUUUGACAGUGGCCAUUGAAGCUGGCAGCCAUCCGAUCAUGGAAAAUGACAACCGCAUGCACUACAAGAGGAAAAUUGUCAUACCUGGGCCCAUAGCCCACCGGCUAGAGUGGAGGUACUACCUGCGGAGAAGCAAACGCAAUCGGUCUUCUAGAAUUAAGGAGAAAUCAGAUCAGAGCUUGCGCCACCUUGUGUAUGGUUCACUCGGAGGAGAGGGCAGAGAUAAAGCUCUUCUGAUAAAUGGAGAGAACUUACUGACGGUAGAGUAUGACAGAAGAACACACACAGAGAGUGUCCUGGACAAAAGCAUGAGGGAUGUCAUCACUGUGGUCUACAACUCUGCCGGCCUGCCUGUCCAGUUUAUCCCAGCCUCGUCCCACCACUCUCUCAACAUCACCUACAACGCCUAUGGGGAUAUCUUGGAGUGGCAGUAUGGGGAGCUGAUAGAGCAGAGAGAGUACAACAGCCCUGGUCUGAUCAUACAGAGAACAUUCAAACCAGGUGGCACUCAGUACAGAUACUUUUACAGGAACAGUUCCAAUAAGCCUACAGAUAUAUUCUUACCUAGUGGCAAGCAGUACUUGUUUAAACACGACAGGCAUGGUAACCUCCGCUGUGUGGUGACACCAGUGCUUGGACAACACCACUUCAACACUUUGUUGACUCUUGGCCUUAGACGCUUCCUGUACACUGCCCCUGGAUUCACCUUGCCUUACAUUGAAGACUAUGAUGCCAUGGGAAAACUGAUGCAGAUUAUCUACCCAAGUGAGCAGCGCCGUAUACUCCAUCGCUACAAUGAAAUGGGUCAAAGAUACCUAACCAUGUUUGACCAGACUCAGAUUGAAUUUGGCUACCAUCCAGAGGUUCUCCACCUGUCCCAAGCCACACUGACUGCACGCGGUUACUCCAACAAACUCACCUUCGGCUUUUUCAGUGCGUUAGUUCAUGAAGCUGUCGUCCUGUUCCCUCAGGACGCCAGUCUGGUUGGAGCCACCAUGCGAUUCAAUUACGACAAUUAUUUUCGACAGGUUGAGACCCUGCUGACUCUGUCUAAUAACAUCAGCAGCUACUCCAAUGGAUCAUACAGUAAGGACAAUGGCAAGCUAUCUCAGAUUGCAGGCAUCAACAUAGAAUGGCUGAGCGAUGCGAAACAAAUUUUAUCAGACUCCCAAAUGUCCCUGACUAGAGAAUAUGAUGGCUAUGGCAAGCUGGUCAACUAUGAAAUUAAGUUUGGCGGAGAGGUGAAGUUUGAACUGGAGGUCAACUACGACAAGCUGGGCAGGGUACAUGAGUGGAAGCGGAGAGUGGACACUUGGAAAGAGCUGACGGUGGAGUACAUUUAUGACGUGGACAGUCAUGUAACAGACGUUCUCAUUCAAGGUAAAAUGGCCUGGGAGUUUGGCUACGAUGCUGAUGGAAAUAUCAAGAAAAUCACGUCUCAGGGUUCAACUCGACUGAUGGAGUUUGAUGUUGGGGAUAAGAUAACCAUGAUGGGUGGCAUGGGUUACAAGUUUGAUUCGGAUGGCCUCAUGGCUCUGAGAGGCUUGGACCAUGUCAACUUCAACUCUGCAGGUCAGCUGACAGCUGUUACACGUCAUGGCCUAUUUAAGUUCUCCUACUUUUAUGAUGCCUUGGGACGUCUUGCAGUUCAGAGAGAUCGCUAUGGCAGAAUCCUACAGUUCUUCUACAGUGACAUCAAGUCGAAGACAGCUAUUACUCAUGUCUAUAAUCACACAACAGGAGAGCUAACUCAAUACUUCAGAGACAGCGAUGGAGCUUUGAUAGCCCUGCAACGAUCUGGCCGCAUCUAUUACAUUGUAGUAGAUCCCAACAAGACUCCACUAGCCGUAUUUGACAAAGACGGUCACGCAGUCAAACAUAUUGGCUACAGUCCCCUAGGAAUAAAAGAAGUGGAUUCAAACCCAGACUUCGACUUGGCUUUUGGCUUCCAGGGUGGCCUGUACAACCCUAUCACCCAACUGGUUCACUUCCAUGAGAGAGUGUAUGAUGCUAACCUUGGCAGAUAUCUCACACCUGAUUACUACCAAGUCUUCAAAAAGCUGGACACUGUUGCAGAAAACCCUGAAAUUCUAAAUCUUUAUGGACAUAGAUUCCUUGUUAAUAGUCAUCUUCAAAAAUGGCUGUACCCUCGUUUAAGUAUGUCAGAGUGGUUAAAUGUGCUAGGUUUUGACAUUCAGUCCAUGGCCCCAGAGGUAACAUACACUGGCUACUUCAAACCGGAAUGCCAGGAGUCUAACUUUCAGUUGCUGCCUGCCUCUUCAGCUUUCGAGUGCACCUUCAAACGAGACAUGCAGAAUUUAUUAACCAUCUCCACUGUGCCUCAGUCCAAGGUAACACCGUUGCAACAUUUGAAUCGGGAGACACCUGCUCCACUAUCCUCCAUCUUUGGCCAUGGAGUCACCAUUUCGAAUGUUGAGGGAAAAACUGUGGUCAAUAUUGUGGAAACGGCUCAGUCUUGGGCCAGAAAUCUGGCCACAGUAUUAUUAAACGGCUCACAUAUUCUGCCGCUGCACUUCACGAUCAAUGGUAGAGAUGUACACUACUUUGUUAAAACUAAUUCCAGGGAAGCUGAGGAUGAUUUAAGAGAGCUGGGAAUACACAGUGACCUGGUCACCUAUGAGACAGGGAUUAAUGUCUCCAUACACCACAACCAACCCAGCCAUGGAUACAGCGUGACCAAUCAUGAGAAGGACAUACGUAUCCAUGGGAACCACACAGUGCUGAACAUCCGGUACGGCACUACGCCAGACAGAGAGAUUCGGCGCAUCCUGCGCCAUGCCAAGGACCGGGCUGUGGCCCAUGCAUGGUCUAGGGAGAGGUACCUGCUGCAGUACAGCCUGCCCUCCGUGUACCACUGGUCUGAGUCCGAGAUGCAACAGAUUCAGUCGGCGGGCAGGGUGAAUGGCUACGUGGCUGACUACAUCCACCAGCCUGACCAAUUCCCAGAGCUUUCUGACGACUGCAACAACAUCAGGUUUGUGGCAGAGGUACCCUGAACUCCACCACAUCAUCAUUUCAUUGACUCACUGGUCAGCAUGACUACUUCCUUUUUAGUCCCAAAAACCUGACCACUUGAUCAACAGCUUCUGUACAUACAACACAUUUGUUAGAGUUCUUUCCCUUCUUUCUCUGCUGUCACAGAGUUUCAUCAGAUCCUGUGAUACUGUUUGACUCUAACAUUAGUCAGCAAGUGAUGUUCAUCUGAUUACAAGAUUCACUCUAAAUGGACAACUAAUGCAGUCAUGAACUAAGAACAUUAGGAAUCAGCUUUUUGAAAUCCUUUCAUUACUCUUACUUUGCCAACAUGCUAGACACUUCAAAGUAUCUUUUUUUCGUUUUGUACUAUAUUUUUUUUCAUAAUUGUGUAAGCCAUUUUGUAUUGACCAUGUAAAGACCUAUUGUUUUAAAAUAUACUCUGUUUGAUAACAUUUUUACAAGAAUUGAAUUCCUAGACAAUUUUUUUACCACCAAUCUUACGCCGAGUGCAAUACUUCAUUUUCUUUUAUCAUGAUGCAAUAGUUUUUAAAUUCUAUUGCUAAACUAGAACUCUCUAGGCUUGCCAACAUUUGUAUUUCAUAUAACACCCUUGGAGACAGAUUUUUAGUACUAACUAGGGAACAAAAGACUUGCCAACUAUUAAUGAAUUUAGUAGCUAAAAUUAUCGUUUAAUGUCAGAAAGAGAAUUUAAAUAGAUGUGUGUUUAUAAAUUAAUUGGAAGAUCACUCAAAAAGAUGCAUUUGCUGAACAUGGUUAUGAAUUAGUUGGUGAAAUGUAUUUAUUCAGUUGGUUAUCCUUGUUGGUGAAUUGAUACAUUUUGAGUUGGCUCUAAAGUUUAAACUGACAUUGGCCAUAUUGAACUGUGAAUAGAUAUAGAUAUUUAUUUUAUUAGCACAUAAAGCAAUGGUUUAACCCUCUGCUUUAUAUCUAUGGAUAUACCAUAAUUCUAUAAAUCUAUUUAUUUGAUUGGGGAAUUUGUUUCUGAACAUGAAAAUAAAAAACAGCCAAGUUAUAUUUUAAUAGUUCUUAAAUUUGCAUAAUUGGUAUUAGAAACAUAUUUGAAUUGUAUUGUUUCUGUUUCAAUGUGUGUGUGGGGAAAGUCAAGACUCAUGGGAAACAUUUUCAUGUUGAUAUUUUUCAUUUGGAAUAAAUUCAUAUCUUCUGUAGCCUUCUGUUACCUUGGGCAGCGUUGAAUACAACCUUCCCCCCAGGAUGUGAAUGCUCAGGCCUGUGUGGCUCGCUGCACUCCUUUAAGAGCCAUGAAUCACAGAUUGGUUAUGUUUCACAUUUGUUGUAUUUAGAAUCAGAUGGAUGCUGUUGGUUUUCUUUUGUUUCAUGUCUUCUGCUUCAAGUUUUAUACAUUUUUGUUUUUUUUUAAAACCAAACAAAUAUGCACAAGUCUUUUUUUUUUCUGCAUUAUGCACAUCUGCAAGUCACUCUAUGAAGAUAUGUUUUGUUAGUCUGUUUGUAGUGCAUGAUUUGCUGGAUUUUUUUUUUUUAAACAUUUUUAAACUAGUUUUUAUGUGUGUACAUAUUGUUGACCUAUAUAUUCAUAAUGUAUUUUUAUCUCCUGGCAUUUUUUUAAAACAGGAGACUAAUCUGUGCCAAUAUUUUUUGAUUUAGUCAUUUCAAAUCUGAUUCCUCAUCAUAGCUUGUUGUUUAUUCUUCUUACUGUUGGCUCUGCGUGUGAUUGUCUGGAGUUGUUUGAUUUGGAAAGAAAGCCAACCAGUAAUUGACAUCAUUUGGACUCGCUUCAUACACUAUCUAUAGAUAUGUAAGUCUAUAGAUUUAUUUUGACCAAACUGUGUAUAGUUCAUUUAAUUUUUUUUUCUUUUUGUGUUUUGUUUUUGCUGUUUUCAACAUAAUGACAACAGAAAAGUGGCCAAAACCUUAGAUGAACAUCUAUUGAAAAAAAAAAAACAGCAGGAAGGACGUGGCCAGAACCUAUUGUGGACACCCAUAAACCCAGAGGUUGAAACAGAAUGGGGCUGGUCCAAACAAAGUAAUUGUUAUCCUAGAAAUUGUCAUUUUUUAUUUGUUCUUUUAUGAAAAAAAUGCUUGACUUCUUUGUACAAACCUAAUAUACAUUGGACAACUUGAGUUCUUUGUACAAACCUAAUUUACAUUGGACAACUUGAAUUUUUUGUACAAACCUAAUUUACAUUGACUGAACACUUUGCCAUUGGAUUUUUUUGUUUGCAAUAUCCAGGGGACGGCUGAGUUUUAAAGAUAGGGAUUUUGGGUUUUUAGGCUGCCUCUAUUGAGUACCUGACAUGUGUUUGGAAGGAAAAGGCAGUUGGUCAUUGUGCUGGCCAGCCACAUGACCCCCUCAUUAACCAUAGAAACAGAUGAGCUUUACAUCAUCCCAUUAGGUUUUCAGAUCUAGUUGAUAUUUAAUAACACAAUGAUCACAAUUGUAAAACUCAUUUAAUGUCAUUAAAUCAAGCUGUUUUUUGGGACAGUUCUAGAAAUACAAACAAAAAGAAACUCUUGAAACCUGUGUGCAUUGAUCCUAGAUGUGUCACUGUUUGGUAUAGAGUACAUUUGAACUCUCUCAUAGAUAGUCCCACUGUGCACUGAUCUUGUUUGUUUUGCCCAUUACAUCAUUCUCAUUGCCCAUCAUUUAAUCAGAAACAUUCAUACAAGUUACAAGAAAUGAUCACAAUCCUAUUCAGAAACAGUGUGCACUUAUAAUACUCUAGAUGUAAUCCAUCUCUUUGUCUUGGAUUGCUUGAUUUAGAACAGAGAUUUUCAAAGGAUUUCAGAAAUACAUAUUCAAAAAUUGAUACUAUUGGCAUUAUUCUGUUUGGUGGAGAACCUCAGGUACACAUUGAGCUGUUAAUGUUGCAUGAAGCUAUAUCACUUUUGUGUCCCAUUAUUUUAUUCUUAUGUAGUGGCUCAAUAUUUGUCUUUGGGAUAAUUGCAAUACACUUGGUUUGGGUCCUGGUACAUAUCAAGUUAAUUUAUGAUUACUUUUUUAGCUAAGUUGCAAGUUUUGAACUUAUGAUCAAGUAAAGUGAGUGAUUUUAGUUGAAAGUGUUUCUCAAACUAGUCUACAAACUGGACCUUUGAUUAAAUAGGUCCAAAAAAAAAGUCAGAAUUCAGUUGUUAUAUUAAUCCUUGACAGGCUAAAGUUCAUUGCCAUUGCCCGGAGUAUUUAGUAGUAAUCAGACUUUGUAUGAAGUUUGAAAAUAUGUUAGAAUCCAAUAAUUGUGCAUGGGGGUCAAUAAAUGGCUUAAGUGCUCUCCAUUUACCAGCACAUAGAAGACAGCUUGUUGCUUUGCAUUGGGCUUUAAAAUUAUUGAUAUUUAACUGACAGUUUUGUAUUAAUUCAAACGAAAAUAAAAAUGAAUUAGACAAUGUCAAGUGCUGCCGUCAUUAGGCUUAGUGAACAUGUCAUCUGGCCCUUGGUAGACUUCAAUAGAAACCUGCCAAGGCUUAACAUGGAAGCAAUAUUUUUUUUAAUAGCGCACUAAAUAUGGUGGUGUUUUUUUUUUUAACAUUUUAGGAACUGACCUUCCCAUCAUUGAUUACCUAAAAUCUUGAAUUUCUAUAUUUCCAUGGAAAUAAUUUUUUUUAUGGAUAUAUUACAUAUGUGUGUGUAGCAUUGUGUAUUGAGAUGGAUAGAUCUGAACAAUGUAAAUGAUUCAUUGAUAUUUGAUUACCACAGAGUGCUAGUGAUUGUACAGUUGAUACUUCAGGCUGUACCUAUCAUGCUAAAGUCACUAACUUUGGUCAGCCAUCAUUUGACCAAACGUUUUAUACAAGUCAUUGUGGCCAGUUUGGAUUCAUCUUUUGUUUGUUUUAUUUCAUUUUUAAGUUAUAUCCUAUUGACUGCAUUUAAUUACAGAUAUUUUGGUUUAAUGUCUAUGGUGAAAUUCUACAGUGUGUAUGAAUUUUGUUACAUUUAAGUCUAAAACUUUGUUACUGACAGUGUUGUGUAUGUGUUUUGGUAGUUUGAGAGAUUUAUAUUGAGGGUUUGAGUACUAUGAGAUGUCUGAUUGCAGUGCAUGAUUGAAGUGGGACUUUAUCAAAUCUGCUGUACUGAAUGUCUGAUCUUGUUAACUGUGAAUAAACAAUAAAGGUCUUGAAGUUGUGUGUCACAGUCUCAUUUGUUCAAUGGAAUUAUUUUAAUCAGUGACCUUGAAAAUUUUCAACUCUUUCCAGGUAGCUCUUUAGUACUAGCAUGAAGGAUUAUUUUAUUUUCUUAAAUUCAUGAUUACACACACUUUGCUGUUUGAUUGUCAUGUAAUGUAUUUCCUUGAAGUGAAUACAAAGUUUGCAUUUGGUUGUUUAUGAGAACUGAAGGAAGAAGUCAGUUUCAGUAUGUGUUUCUGUCCCUUUAAUUGUAUAAAUAACAGGAAAUCAUAUCAUAGAAUGUAUGUAUUUAUUUAUGUACAUCCAACUAACAUGUUUAUAUCCAAAAUACUUGACUUAAGAAAUUUAUAAUGUAAUAAAAGCUAGGUUACGUUUCUAUUUGUUUGUAAGAAAAUAUCUGGAUUGAUUUCCUCUCCCGUUUACACAGAUGAAAUAGUGUGAUGUUGAACCACACAGACACAUCAUCUGGCACAGUCACUCUCACACUGGGGGGAGGGGGGGACAUGUUUCUGUAUUCAUGAAUCCAUUGCUAAGAAUCACAUAGCUUUCUCUACACUUUUUUUUCUUCACUACUCAAGCUGUGUAUAUAUUUUGGUGUGUACAAUUUGUUCCAAAAUGUGUGUGUGUGUUAUUCAAAAUGUGUACAUGUUUGUAAUGUGAUUAAAGAUGCCAUUUCAAUAGUAAGAAUUGCAACACUGUUCAAAAUUUCACACCAAAUGUUGAUUUUUGUUGCUUGCACUUUUGAUUCAAUUUCAGUAUCUGGUUUCCAAUUUAUUUCCCUUGUUCUCUGUAGUAGGCUACAUUUGUAUCAUGUUUGAUUUCCUCCAGUUUUUAACAGCUUAAAGCUUUGAAUGAUUACAUUUGACCAGCCGGGUCACUUCUUAUUUCUUCUUGUCAUUACUGAGACUUCAAUUUGUCUAAAAGGAUCUUGAUCUUAAAGAUCUUGAUCUUUCCUUGUUGAAGAUGAACUGAGAGUUGGACACAUGUGAAUGAAAUGGCAAGAGACUGGAUGAUUACUUCAAGUUAUAUUACUUUGUUUAUUGGCUUUACAUUGGCGCUUACUCAAAUUUGAUCAAAAAGGAACUCAUUACAUGUUAAAAUAAACUAAAUGAACCAUUAAACCAGUUUUAUUCUGGUAUUCAUAUGACUUGUUUCAUGUUAAACCUAGAAUAUAUUGUUGUUUUUUUUUUGUUUCUAUAAACUUACACCUACAUUAAUUAAGCAGUAUAUUUGUCACAGGUCAUUUACUUAAUGUACAUGCAUCCUUGAAUGGUAACUAAUCAAAACAGUAUUUAAACCAAGUACCAAGACUAAAGGAAAUUUUAAUUUGUUUAUCAACUUCAUUCAUCUAGUCCAUUUGACUGUGGAUGAUUCAUUUCUUUUUAGUUUGACUUAUGCAUUGGACCCAAUAAGAACUGUACUUAAAUAAAAUUACAUUGCUUUACCCUAUUGACAAUGUUACUGAUUCAAAACAUCUUGAAAAGAAGAGUUACUUACCUUAUAAAUAUCAGUUGCCAAAUCACAUGUAAAAUAGAUGUAAUAUUAAUUUUGUUUGUUUCUAGAGUGAACUAAAAAUCUGGUGACAUAAUCAAAAGUUGUGCCAACACACAGUAUUUUUGUGAACACAAAACAAAGUAUGUUUGUCAUGUUCAACUUGUAUUCUUCUGGUUUGAUUGAAUGCUACGUAAUCUUGGGCCACACUCCCAGGGGUGAGAUAGCAAAGUUUCCUGAGUUUCACUUUAUGACUGUACUGUGCAUUAUUUGGCUUUCUGAACUGGAAAAAUUUUCAUUGUGAUUUAAUUUGUUUCGUUUAUACAUCACCCCCCUAGUUUGUUUCUUAUCUUUAUGUUUGAUUCUUUUGUCAUGAAAUUUUGAACAACUUUAUGACAUGCAAUAUUUAUCAACAAAAUGCAAUGUUUUAUUUUAUUUUUUUGUUUCUUUCUGAUAUUUUUAAUGUCAUAAAUGAAUUCAUUAUAAACCUCA